AUGCGUCUGCCGUACCUCGCAGUUGCAGCCCUGGCUGCUAUUUUUGCUUCCAGCGAUGCAGUCCCAUCGACUGCUGCCGAGCCGGACGUCUCUUUCGUGGACCGCGUGACGCAUGACCGCGUCAACGAAGCAGACGCCAAGAGGGUUUUGAGGACCGCUGGUGCUACAAACGUCCUGCCUUCCGUGCCAGCUAAUAUGGAGGAGGAAAGGGCUGUUGUUGUGCCCCCUAAAUGGGCUGCACAAUUUGUCAAUAAGGCGAAGUCAUUGCUAAACCUUAACAAUUUGUCGGCGAAGGUCAAGAAAGGCUCCAUAGACGCAUGGGGCAGAACUGCUAGAUGGAAAAAGAAGCUCUUAGAAGACGCGGAUGCAAUGGGGGCAUCGUUGCGGCAGAAGGUAGAUGAGCGGUUGAAGGCCUUGGCCUUCUUGAAAUGGUACAAUAAUAUCUUUGAAAGCAGUAAGUACGCGGCGGCGAAUGAUGUCAAAGCUGCUCCAGGCGCCGUUUGA